AUGUCGAAAAAAUCAAAGAAGAGCAAGCAGGAAGACCCAGCAGAUGCGGGGGACGCGGUGCAAGAGGUUGCCGACAAGAAGAAGCGACGCAUGUCCAGGAGUCACGAUGACGAAGACGAUCGGUCCGAACUGAAGACCAGCACCAAGAAGAGCAGCAGUAAAAAGAAGAGCAAGAAGGAGGCCACGCCAGAGUCCCCAACCCUCCCAAGUCUACAUCUAGGCUGCACCAGCCGCUCGAUACCCCCGCCAAACCACGAUACCCAUUUUUCACACAAACCGUCUCCCUCUUCCUGCCCAUCUACCCCAUCGGCUGGGCUGGCCCCCUGCACCGCCGCUGCGACCCAGCACCUCCAGCCCAUGGUCAACCGCUACGUGCCAGUCCUCGGCGGUGUUCUGCUCGGCUUCCGCAACGUCGCUGUCUCUGAGCGCCCCGGUCGUGAAGACGCGGCUACGAGUGAUUCGGACGUUUGCAAACUUGGUGCCAUUGAUGAGUUCGCCGUCGGCUUCGGCUGGGUCACGGCGGACGUUGACCUCUUCGUCCCGAAGCGCGGCGCGUGGAUGGAGGGCAGCAUCAACCUCGAGAGCGAAGGUCACGUCGGCGUUGUGUGCUGGGGCAAGUUCAACGCCAGCAUCGAGUCGGCGCGUCUGCCGCCUGCGUGGCGCUGGGUCCAUCUUGGCACCGACGAGACCGCAGCGACGAGCGCCUACGACGACACCGUUUCCAACUUUACUGCCGAGGAGCAGCACGGUGCCGUGCGCCAGAUUCACGCUACGGGCUACUGGGUUGACGAGGCUGGCCAAAAGGUUAAGGGUCGCGUGCGCUUCCGUAUCAAGGCUUUCGAUGUGGGCGUUAGCGGAGACCACGGCUACCUCUCCCUUGAGGGAACCAUGCUCGACGCCGCUGGCGAGGCUGAGGCACGCCAGCGCGACGCCCAGCAGGAGCUGCGGCGGCGGAAGGGCAAGUCGGGCGGUGUGCUGCGCAAGGAGCGACGAUACGUGCCCGACUUCAGUAUUACAAAGUUCGGCGAAGUUGAGAACGAGGAGGAGAAGGCCUUGGCACAGGAGGUAUGGGAGCACACCGAGCCGGCCAAGGACACCACCGAGACGGCGCAGGACGGCGAAUACGCCGGGCUUUCGCACGAGGCCGCUUAG